CCAUGGGGUUGAAAGGCCGCAGAUCCCCUGAUCCCUCGCCUCGCCUGUGUCAUGCCGCCCGUCGCCCGCAGUGCGCGUCAGUGCGGCCGCGGCGCGGAGAAGAGCGCAGCAGCGAUUGAAGUGCUGACCGCCCGCUCCAUCGCUCAUUGUAGGGAGACGCAUUUGAGCCCGACGCGUCGCUUCAUGGACAUCGACAGAGCGCAAAGGACACGAACGGACAGCUAACACUGGAUACUCGGGCCGCUCCACGUUGCUUCUGCUGCUAGACCUUUAUUAAGUGUGUCUGAUCUGCCGGGUCUGGUGUGUGUUGUCCUCCGUCAGUGAGUGUGUGAGCUCGGCUUCCGUAUCGCAUGGAGAAGAGGUAUGAGGACCUGGUGCAUUACCCCGGCUCUGACGGCAUGGCUGUGGGAGCCUAUGGGGAUGCGAUGAGGUCACUUCCUCCGCCACACUACGGCCACAGUGUGCCUGACUCCCUCAAACACUACCGGGACCAAAUCUACGGUCAUCCUCUGUUUCCACUCCUGGCCCUGGUCUUUGAAAAGUGUGAACUCGCCACCUGCUCGCCGCGGGAUUCCACCUCUAUGUCAAACCCCGCCCACCUCCCUGGCAUGACCAUUCACAGCGAUGUCUGUUCCUCUGAAUCAUUCAACGACGAUAUUGCAGCCUUCGCCAAACAAAUUCGCUCUGAAAAGCCCAUUUUUUCAACCAACCCAGAACUGGAUAACCUGAUGAUCCAGGCCAUUCAAGUACUCCGCUUUCAUCUGUUAGAGCUAGAAAAGGUUCAUGACCUCUGCGAUAAUUUCUGUCAUCGCUACAUCACCUGUCUGAAGGGCAAGAUGCCCACCGAUUUGAUACUAGAUGACCGAGAGGGCGGAUCCAAAUCGGACAUGGAGGAUUUUACUGGUUCCUGCACCAAUCUGUCAGAUCAAAAUCAGUCUUGGUUGCGAGACCCCGAUGACUGCGUGUCGACCCCCUCUGGCACCCCCAGUGUUUCCUGCGGUCUCAACUCACACAGUUUAGAAAACUGCAGCGAUGCAGGUGACGGGCUGGACGGUAGUGUGGCUUCCCCGAGCACAGGAGAAGAAGAUGAAACCGACAGAGAUAGACGAAACAACAAAAAAAGAGGGAUUUUUCCCAAAGUUGCAACAAAUAUUAUGAGAGCUUGGCUCUUCCAGCACCUAUCGCACCCGUACCCAUCUGAAGAACAGAAGAAACAACUCGCCCAGGACACAGGUCUAACCAUACUACAGGUCAACAACUGGUUUAUAAAUGCCAGGCGCAGAAUAGUUCAGCCAAUGAUUGACCAGUCAAAUCGCUCAGGCCAAAGUACACCGUACAGUCCAGAGGGGGCGGCUUUAGGAGGAUACGGGUUAGAUGUUCAGUCUCAUUUAGGUCUUAGAGCAGCAGGACUUCAGGGAAUGCCAUCCCUACCCAGCGAUUACCCCGGCGCCCUCCUGCCCCAGCCGGGAUACUCUCACGCCGGCCCGUCCCUGCAUCCUUACCCCGGCCCUCACACUGCCAUGCUGCUUCACCCGCCGCCCCACGCCCAUCCUGCUGAACCCCUCUUAGGGCAAGGUCUCGACAUCCACGCCCACUAACGGACCGGGCGCUUAAAAUGGGCUAGGAGGAUACGUAGAAUUGACUUUGUCCAUAACUCUCACGGUACCUUCAGGACGCCAGCGCAUGUCGACUCGCAAAGACAAUGUCUGAAAUGCAACGAUCUGGCAACCUAAAUGUACAAACACGUAUGCAGUCGACUCCGAUGCGAAUGCCUGAAAGACUUGUUACAUUCCUUAGCCAUUUCUUGAAAUGUAUUAGUCUCUUAUCUCCUCAUGCUCUGAAUGCACUCGAAGGAAUACACUCAUCUUUUAAUUGCAACACUGCUGCGUCCGACUGGAAACCCACGUCUUCCUAAAUGGCCUUAGUGGUGAGCUGAGUCUAACGUUAGGCCUUCAUAUAGCCUUUUUUGCCUUGCCUCCGAAGAUCCUCUCGAGGAGCACACAAAGAAAACAGCGUAUACCUCCUCGGUCAGGACCUAAGAUAACCAUAUCAAGAUGUCCUGAAAUAGUCUUCUGUGACGAAUGACUUCACCAAAUCUUAUCUCCAGAAACCUGUUAGGAACACAUUCUUGGUAUGUUUCACCCUGGACAGAAAAAUGCAAGAAAUGAGAAGUUUUGCAUGAUCAAAAAUCUAAAAUGUUUUCUUUUGAUUAGGUGAUGUGCCUUUCCAAUUCUUAUUUUUUUCAAGUUUAUUAUGAGGAAACAAAUGUAAAUAAGCCCGUUCUUAAGAGUGUGGACACUGUGGUGCUAUAAAAACAUUCAUCAGUACAUUUAGAGCUUAUAAAACGGAUUUAUUUUCCUGUAGCAAACACAAAACUUCUUAUUUUUAUAUUUCUUUUGAAACUGGGGUGAGAUGUGCCCGAAUGUUCCUGUCAGGUUUUUGUGAGAUUCGCCCGUGAAACGUCAACCAGACACUUUGUCUUCCUAACUGUUCUUCUGUGAAUGUUGGUCUCACUGCGUUAUUUAAUUAAAAUUUUAUGUUAAAUCUAUUUUUGUAUUUAUCGUAUCCAGAGACUCGGUUGCUCCAAAACAUGACAGUAAAGUUACAAUAAUCCGAGUGUCGCGGUUUGUGAAUCUCUCAGUUUGAUAAAGAAGUGAAUGUUUUCUUCAGUUCUUUUGAAGUUUCUGUGAAUGUUUACCUGCUGAGGUCCUGACAGGCGCGUUUUUGGUUUGCUUUAAAGGACCCAACUUAUGUGACCAUGAAAAUUCCUCAGUUUUCAUCACGAAAUACAAAUGUGUUAAAGAACGUCUCAUUAUGCUUUUCGGACAUUUGUUGGACUUGUACACCUGAGCUCUUUUGUCAUUCUCUUUUCUGCAUUAAAAAAUGUACUACAGAAUAGUUGAUGAUGUGUUUAUGAUGUUAAACUGCAGACAGUUACAAUAAUAUUAUUACGUCACGUUUUUGCACGUUGUGAGUUCAAAAUCACUCGUAUCACUCCGUCAAUAAGUUUUAUUCAUAAUUUACAAUCUGAAGAAAUGACAUUAUGUUUAUGAAGCAUAAAAUAAAAAAGAUUUUAACUAAAUUAAUAAAUAUAUUCUAUGUCUAUUCAUGGAGAAUCAUUUUUUUAAGCAUUAAUAAAAACAACUUUAACAGCAAGAGUUAACUCCUUUGGGACUUUACUGGUCAUCAUCUCAAAUCUUUGGCACAUUGUUGUAGAUGCAUCAUUAGUCCUCCGGCUCCGUGUGCACCCCCACCCGUGUCAACCGCGCUGAUGUGAUAGAUGCAGCCUGCAGCAGGGGUCAGAGUUCACUUAAGGGUUAACAGGAAGAGGCCCUAUAAGGUCAUCCGUUAAGGUCACCCGAGCAUUGCUACUUUACGUUCUGUUCUUAAAUUUGUUUAACAUCGGUGGCCUUUCUUUUCUUAUGCUUAAUGUAAUUCAUGUAAAAUUAUCCUAUUUAAUUUUUUUAUUUUAUUAAAAAAAUAACGCUGCCUUUCUUAGUGUGUGAUUUACAUCUCUCAUUUGUAAAGUCAUAAAGUAUCCCUUCCACUAAAAAUAAACAGUCAAAUGAAAUUUGAGAAAUAAAUAAUGAAAACUAUUUGUUCGUGCAAAGAGAUGAAUGGUGUUUACAGGAAAUGAAAUUUCCACUGGUUUUGUUUUUGUGACAAACAUGAAAUACUGUAUUUUUCAAGUAAUAACAGCAUGGAAAAAACAAAGUAUAAAUAAUAAAAUGCAUCCAACAAAUAAUUAUGCGCUGUGAGCAUAUCAAAAUAAACAGGCUUUUAAAUGUAAAAAAAUGGAGAUGAAAAUACUUUCAGAGGUUCAAAUCAAUAUUUGUUCAAUGUGUUUGCAUUGGUAAAUCAGCUUAAAUUGUUAAUA